AUUAAUUCGUUCUUCUCCCCCUUGACUGCGUAUCGGCUGUUGAUGACGUUCACGACAUUCACGAAGAUAUAAGACAUCCUCAACAUCCCUUUUCUUCCCUAACUCUGAGCACAAUCGCUUCAACAAAAUGAUGUCUAUGGGACCACCCCCAGGCCCUCCCCCUGGCGGCUUUGGCAAAGGACCGCGCGGCGGACACCAUGAAGGACCGCGAAGGAAGGGGGUCUUUAACCCCGAAGACGAGACGAAGGUCAUACACUCGAAAAUUGGUGUAUGGGACUUCUACGAGGAGAGGCCGCCCCAGCUCGCGCGACUUCCGUACUUCCUGCAGCUAGAGUCGUACUUGGAGAUCAUCCCCAGCUUCCCGUACGUCGUUCGGAUGCUCAAGGACAUUGCAAGCAUACGCGACUGCCAGGUGUACAUGCUCCUCUACCUGGUUCUGGAGGUUGUCGCGGCGCUAGUGCCCGCCAUCUCGCUCUGGUACUCGGGGCAGCUUCUUCGUAUAGUGCAGACGGCAGUCGAUGAACGCGCUGUGAACACCGAACAACUCUUCCGGGUCGCUUCCGGGCGCUUCAUAUGUUCGAUCGCGGAGCGCGUCCUCCGCUAUGCGAAGAACAGGGUCGGACCCGGCCUAAACAAACGCAUCAAGCAGUACUACUCGAUCCACACCUUCCAUUCCCUCGCUCGGCUAGACGUGCCCACGUUCGACGAUGCAGCGGUGCAGACGCAGUUGCAGCAGAGCGUCUCGCCGAGCAGCCGUACCACCAUAGCCUGGACGACGCUGACGAUGGCGCUGAACAUCAUGAGCACUGCGCUGAGGUUGGCGAGUCAGUUCUUGGUGCUGGUGCGCGUGCUAGUUGAGCAGCGGGACGGUGUGCUCCUGGCGAGUUUGAGCUUCGCGCACAGCUUGAUGAACAUCAUGAACUUCAAGAAGGAUUUCGGGCUCGCAGGAGUGUGGGCUGCGACGACGAAAGACCCAGAUUACAUUCGUACCGAGGGGUUGAAGAAGACGAUCAGCACCACGGCUCACCGGAAGGAGAUCGUGGCGGGCGGCUUGUGGAACUACAUGUUGACAGCAUACGCUCAGGGUAUCAAGAGAUUAGGCACUCGCGCGGGCGACUUCUUCGAUCUGCAAUCCGAGCUGCGAACGCGAGACCGCUUGAACUUGUUCACCCUCCUUGCCGAGCCGCUCAAGGAGCUCCCACAGAUCGUCUUCACGCUCCGAGCCGUCCAGUACCCCUCGUCGAUCCCCGUCUCGCUCGCAUCGCUCAACCUCAUCACGCAAACGACGAUGGAGUUCACGAUGGUGCUUUACCGCCUCUUUGAGCAGACGGGCUCCAUCGCGGAGAAGUUCGCGUCCGUGCGCAAGAUGUACGAGGUGGCGAACAUUCCGAAUCGCGUGCAGGACGGGCGGGAGGCGUUUCCGGAGGACCCAUCGACGUUGCGGCUGGGCAUCAGCGUCGAGUUCAAGAAUGUGUCAUUCAAGUAUCCGGGAAGCGAUGCGUGGGCGUUGAAGAACGUGUCGUUCAAGGUCGAGAGGGGACAACUAUGUGUCAUUCUCGGCGCGAAUGGGUCGGGCAAGUCGACGGCGCUCAAGUUGAUCUCGCGCAUAUAUGAUCCGACGGAGGGGCAGAUCUUCAUUGACGGGCGUGAGAUACGUCAGCUGAAGUUGGAUGACUUGCGCAGGGCUAUCAGCGUGCUCUUCCAGGACUACACGCUCUUCCCGCUCAGCAUCAAGGACAACAUCGCCAUCGGCGACCCGGAAGCCCUCGCAGCGCUCACAGGCGCGCAGGAGAAAGGCGAGACGGCGCACGAUAUCGAGGAGCGCAUACGGGAAGCGGCCCGACUCGGCGGCGCGGACGGGUUCCUGGAGAAGCUGCCGGAGGGCUACGACACGUACCUCGACCCGCCCGUGCGCGACCACUAUGCGGGGCUGCCGGAGGGCACGAAGGCGCUGUUCGGCCGCCCGGUGAGCUUCGGGCGCAUGCGCGGGAUGGGCGGGAUGAACAGCGCGGUGUCGUCCGGGCUGAGCGGCGGGCAGGUGCAGCGGAUUGCGCUGUCGCGGACGUUCAUGCGGUCGAAUACGGCGGAGCCGCGGGUGGGGCUACUGCUCUUUGACGAGCCGUCCGCAAGCUUGGAUCCGGUGGCGGAGCAUGAUCUGUUCGAACGACUACGUGCGCUGCGCGGGAACAAGACGAUGAUCUUCUCGUCUCAUAGGUUUGGGAACUUGACGAGGCACGCGGAUGUGAUCUUAUACAUGAACGACUCCGUGGUGGUCGAGUCCGGGACACACGACGAGCUGCUCAGGAAGGAAGGGGACUACGCGCGGAUAUGGAACUUGCAAGCGCAGGCGUUCAUGUAGGACGGGAGCGCGCGGUUAUGUCAGGUUUGGGACGUCGGGCGUAUGGACUGCUCUGUGCGUAUCUAGACAGUGUAAUGAUAUCUGAUAAUCCCUAGACUUGCCAUCGUGAUCGG